ACCAAACCGAACGACCACCACCACGACACGACACAAACCGACCAGCUGCUCUCUGCGACGUUGAUCACAUCUGUCACAACACAUUGUCGCAUCGUAUCACACAAAGAGACGACGAUAAUGGCGACACUCAACAGCCUCCUUCCUCGUCCCAUCCAUGCCUCGGAAGAGGACGAGGAUGAGUACGACGACGCUGCCGCUGCACAGGUGGCGAUUGCAACGAGCAAGAUCCCUCCGUACGGCCAGCGGCAUGGGUGGCGUCCGCGCAAGGUGGAAGACUUUGGAGACGGCGGUGCCUUCCCAGAGAUUCCAAUGGCACAGUACCCAUUGAGCAUGGGCCUGAAGCGCGGCCAGAAGCAAAAGUCCUCCACCAUGACGUUGCAAGUGGGCCAAGACGGCAAGGUCAAGUACGACGCGCUGGCCAAGCAGGGCCGUCACAAGAACGAGAUUGUCCACACGUCCCACAAGAACCUGAUGCCUGCGGACGUGACUGCAGAUGAUGACAAACGCCAGGGCCCGAGUGAAGAAGAGAUUGCGGACACGGCCAAGGAGACGUGGGAUGCGCUGUCGAAGAUGGUUGACGGCAAGGUGGCGUCCGCGCGCGCCACCCACGUGCAGAAGAGCGAGCGUGACCCAACAUACAUCCGCUACACCCCGCAGCAGGGCGGCGGCGGGCACAACUCUGGCGCGCAGCAGCGCAUCAUCCGCAUGAUGAACGAGCAGGUUGACCCGCUGGAGCCGCCCAAGUUCCGCACGAACCAGAAGAUCCCGCGCGGGCCGCCAUCGCCGCCGGCGCCCGUGCUGCACUCCCCGCCGCGCAAGGUCACGGCGGAGGAGCAGCGCAGCUGGGACAUUCCGCCCUGCAUCUCAAACUGGAAGAACCACAAGGGGUUUACGGUGCCGCUGGACAAGCGCAUGGCGGCGGACGGGCGCGGCCUGCAGGACGUCACCAUCAACGACAACUUUGCCAAGGUUGCCGAGGCGCUGUACAUUGCCGAGCGCGAGUCGCGCAUUGCCAUCCAGAAGCGCCACGAGAUUCGCACGCGUGCUGCGCAGAAGGAGAAGGAGCGACAGGAGGAGAGCCUUCGCCGCAUGGCCGAGCGCGCACGCGAGCAGCGCGCCGGCAUCCGCACUGGCGACGACGCCGAGGACGCGGAGGGCGUGAUGGAGCGCGAUGAGAUCCGCAAGGAGCGCGAGCGGGAGUUUAGGCGGCAGCGCAACAUUGCCAACGCGGCGCCAGACAAGCGGUCGCGGCUGCAGCGGGACGACGAGCGCGACGUGACGGAGCGCAUUGCGCUCGGGCUUGGCGGGCCGGCUAGCAAGGGCGUCACGUAUGACUCGCGGCUGUUUGGGCAGGGCGGCGGCAUCAGCGCAGGGUUUGGUACUGAAGACUCGUACAACGUGUACGACAAGCCCAUGCGCGGCACGCAGGCGCAGUCCAUCUACAGGCCAACCCGCCGCAAGGAAGUCGACGCCGACGAGGAGUACGAGCAGAUUCGUACGACGGAUCGCUUCCGCGCAGACAAGGGCUUCUCUGGCACGGACAGCGCCUCUGGUCGCGCCUCUGGCCCCGUCCAGUUUGAGAAGAAGAGCGAUGCGGACGAUCUUGAUAUUGGCCUCAGCUCGUUCCUCAACGAAGCAAAGGAGGGCUCCAGCAAACGCCGAGGGGAUCGCGAUGAGGGCAGCUCCAGCAGCAAGCGCGCCAAGUAACGCACCCACACCAGAGCACGCUGCAAACACCACACAACACCGCACACAACGCUUCGUAGUUGCAGUUUGUUCGUGUGUGUGUGUGUGUGUGUGUGUGUGUGUGUGUUCGUUUAUUCUGUGUGUUUGGUUCCACCCACGUCUAUUCAGCCUGUCGCUUAUCUGUGUGCUUGCGUGUUUGUUGCAAGCCCCUCCCCCUUCAUUUCUCCUACAUGACAAACCCUCCAUUCCUUGAUUGUGGUCCACCUUGAGCUUGUAUGUGUGCCACUGUUGCGAGACACGCACGCAUGCAUCACACAUGCGACAACAGCCUUUCCGUCCUUGAGAUUGUUGGAGGGUGUUUUUCGCAGAUCGCCAACAACCCACAAAACAACAACCAAACCAAACCAACAACCCAUACAACAAACCAAACAACCGAACCAAACGAACAAACCAACCAAACCAAA